AUGCCCUUUCUUCGAGUGCUUGAGGUGAAAGCGACGAACUUGCCUUCUGUUGACGGGAAGAAGGGGAAAAGUGACCCGUACGCCAGUUUGGAAUGCCAAGGUACCCCUAACGUGUUUUUGUGUAGAAAAUCAAAUUUAUAAAUAAGCUAGAUAGAAAGUCUCAAAUUAAAAUAGGUCAUCGUUGGCUCGUGAUGUCUUUGCUACUGGGGAAUUUGGGAGGGGCUUGAAUGGUACCAGUGUGUUACCUGUAUGAAAUACAAAAGCAAAGCAGUCGCUGAAGGCAUCAAUAGUUCUUUUCACAUGUUGUAGCAUGAAAGUUUUAACUUUCGUAAAAUUGUUAAGUAAACAAUGAAAGUGAAGGCUGGGACGAAAAGGAAGUAAUUUUACAAGAUCGAGAACUUUCAUGCAUAUUAUUGGUUUAAAAUCUGAAAUUCCGCAGACAGGAAAGUGUUACAUAUUAGCCACGGAUCACAGGCUUUUUAUAGAAAGGAUAUCAAGUUCUGAAAUUCCAUUGGGAGUUCCAGACCGAAUGAUCAAGUCGCGUUCAGGUUUUAUUUUCUGGGGUGUAGUUCCUGGCGACUAUCGCCCUAGCUGUUUCGAUCCUCCUUUGACAGUGAAGCUGGCUCUUGGAAACAUUGCUCGAACGCUUUAUGUCAAGAUUAUAACCUUUCCUCGGCACCAAAUAUGUCCCGUCUCCGGGUGCUUGAGGCGAAAGCUACAAAUCUGCCCAAUGUGGAGAAGUACGGAAAAAGCGACCCAUACGCGUCUUUUCAGUUUCAAGGUAUCAGUCGUCUUUGUAGAUUUUUAUUGAUGUUUGUUUAUCCUGAAGAGCUACCAUAACCUAGUUUUAAUGGCCCGUACGUGCUGUUAAAGACGAGAUUUCUCUUGCCUUCCUGAAACUGGAAUAGGUAGUGCGGAGCCUGGGGUUACAGAGGUCGUCCUCAUUCAGAUGAUAUUGGACUGUGAGCCUCUGAUGGAUAAUAAAAAAUGAUCUUUUUGCUUUUUAGACCAUUUUUAAAUGAUUGGUGGCCUUGGUAACUCAUAGAAUUAUAAUGGUGAAUUUGAUCUUAGACUCGACGAGAAGGUCGGAAGGUGACAGACCGGCAAACCUUUUAUCCACAUGCAGGCACGCAACACCAGCCGAAACAAAACAAAUCUUUGUGUUUUUAAUUAGCUUGGUUUACAGCAUUGUCCUUUGAGAAGCUUCUCCAAACAGCUGAUAUAAAGCGCUGAAUUAUUGUUAAUGUCAUUCAUACCCAUUCAGUCGACAUGAAUAAUUUAUGAUAAAUUAUGCAGAAUUAUGUUUUUGCGGCUAUCGAAUCCCAGGACAACAUGUAUGAUGGCGGAUGAAUGAAGAUCAAGAAGCCAAUUCAAAACAUAAAAUAUUGCCACCAUGCUUCGCGUUGCGGUGAGCAGCGCUGUAAAUUUGCCCAAUGUAGAGACGAUUGGGAAAAGCGACCCGUAUGUGUUGCUCACUUUCCAAGGUUCGUGUUCGGUGUAUUUUAUCAAUUUUUUAGUGCGCUUUCGAGGUUUGUUUUUCGGCAGAGGAGGGGCUUGCGACCAUGCGGGUAAUAUUCAGCGAUUGUACUGUAAUCUCCGCUUUCUUGCUUUGUUCAUGUUAGUGUUUUUAACAAUUUUUUUAGGGGUCAAAAAAAAGACAGAGGUGAUUAAAGAUGAACUGAACCCUGUUUGGAACGAGGUAAAGUCGUUUGGAAGCUCUUUAGCAGAAAAUAUCAGUUUGAAUUUUGUCGCGAAUGGCACCGCUAAUCUGUCAAAUUAAUAGUUGAGGGUUUUCCUCACGGUGUUUAAGUUAGUUUUUUAUUUUAGUAUGACUUCUUAAUCCUUUUUGUUUUCGUUUCUUAAGAAAUUUGAAUGGGAUUUAGGUGGCCAACAGCUCUCCGUGGAAGAAAAUCUUAUCGUCCAUGUCAAAGAUUGGGAACGAAUUGGAAGAAAUCGGUAGGCCUGACCUGAAACGUGUUUAACCUUUAAUGUAUAUAUUAAAAAUUUCCCUGUUCUUUCUUUCAUUAUUUUUUUUUUUGCUUUUUGUAGCUAGUUUAACCUGGUAGAGGUAACAUUUCUUUCUUCCUUUAUUCUCAAAGUUAGCUUUUAAGGUCUUUUGUUGUUUUUUUGUUUUAUUGCGCGAAUGAGAAACCUGAUAAAGCUUAUAAAAGACGCUUUUUAAAGUGAUACGAAUUAAUUUUAGGUUAACACAGUGUGACUCUAAAAUGUUGUUAUUUUUCGCUUUAAGGAAACAUUUCUGGGGAGGUAGGCAAAACGAAUAAUGUACUCCGUUUGUGAACUAGCGUACCUCAGUAACAAAUGGAAAUUUUAAGCUCUCACUGACGCUUCUGUCAAAUUACAAAUUCUGCAAAGUUACGUUUCUUAUAUAAAAGCUUGGACUCUUCCAGUUGUGAUGAAAGAACGCGCAAUCUAUUGUUUAACAUCUCCUUGUUCGUCUUUUUCUGCCAAAGCAACUGGUGGAAGGCAGUUAAUUCGACAGAGGGCUAGGACCUGUCAGAGAGAAAUGUUUGGUUUAGCUCAGCUUAGCUUUUAGCUCCUAUAAAAAAGCUAUUUCGCGAAAAAACGCGCGAAUUUUAUCACGUGCGCGAAAGCAAUUUGAUAUCUUGAAAGCUUAUAAUUUUGGGGAGCUUGAAAUGCCACGCUGUACCCCCAGUCUUUAUUUUUGAUCGAGCGACAUAAAUAGAUGAACAUUAUAACGUCUUCCUCUGUGUAAAUUCCCGAUGUUUGCCAAUAUGGCAAAAUGGAAUAAAUUAAAACCCUUUGAAAUCUUUAUAAUAUGAAUGAAAUUCAGUCACUGUUGAUUAGGUCGAAAAGGCCCAAAAAGACAACAAAUCUCUCAAUUACUUUUCUUGAGUUUAUUGUACAUUUUAAUCACUGCCCUUAAAGUUUUCCAGUAUCAUAUAUCUCCUAGGUGAUUCAAUAAAAAAAAAAAAUUAUAUUCAUAUGGGAGGCAUGAUUAGUGUAUAAAAUUUUACUGCACAAUGUUUUUACAAUUCCUCUUUUCUUUUUAGUUUCUUAUAUUUCUUUAAUGUUUUUAGUUAUUUAUAGGAUAUUGAUUUAAAUAUUAUUUGAAAGAAGAACGUAAAAAAUAUUUUGUACAAACUUCCUAAAAUAUUUUCCACUUUUCAAUUAAACAUGCUUUUAAAUUAUUCAUUAUCCUUGAUCCCUAAGUAAAUAAGGAAGCUGUAUACCUGAGUAGGACAAAAAAAAUCUUUUAACACUAACAACUAUAUGUGCAUUUAUUUUGAUAUAUUUUUAUAUCAUGUUUUAGAAAAGUAUGAUUCAGCAAGUGCCACUACAAAGAAUACUAUAAUAAAUUCUUUAAACAAUUCAGAUCUCUGAGAAAAUAUUUUUUCAUAGACAGUCUAAAUAUGGGGGUGUUAUUUUGAUGUCAAAAAUCCAUAUUAAUAUUUUAUGAAUGCAACUAUGAUGUACAUGUAAUUAUUAUUAUUUUAUUCUUUUUUUUACUGAAUAACAAAUCACCCCCUCCCCAUAAGGAAAAACAAAUGAAAAAGGAGAAAUAAAAAUCUAAAUUUAAAUUAAAAAAAAGUACUUACAAAAAUAAAGGAAGUUAAUUGUUGUUAUUGUUGUUUGAUUAACCCUUUAAGUCCCGAUAGUGACCAAGAUCAAUUUUCUCCUAACAAUAUCCAUAUGUUACUAAGAGAAAUAGUUAUGAGAGUUAAUAAAAUGAUCACCUAAGAGAAAAUGCUUUGAUCUUCUACCAAAUUCUCUUAACUUAUUCCUUAAGGAAAUGUAUAGAGACCAGUUUGGAGAAUUUUUAUGUGGAUAUUGGGGCUUAAAGGAUUAAUGAGAUAUACAGUUUUACCUGUUAUAUUAGAAUAAUACAGUAAAAUCUCUCACUGUGAUCGCUUCUCAUAAGUGACCCCCUUAUGAGAAUACCAACUUUGUAAAUAACUGUUUUUUUCUCAUCCAAAUACUAGCUGUUUCAAAAACUAUCUUGUAAGCGACCACUGCUCAAAUUUUUUUACUUAACUGUGACCACUGUUUCGGCCACAAUUUUGAGGUCAUGCUUUUGUUAUCUGUUUCUGGUAAGAGACUACUAGGUAUGAUCAAGUAUGAUUGUAAGAAAAUCAUUACUCAAUUGUCAAAAAAGUGCUGAGAGAUAAUAACGGUUUACUUGCAAAAAAGAUGGAUGUAUUAAGAUCUGUAUGUAAACAAGCCGAUUGUUACAGUUGUAAGUAAUAAUAUGGUUUGGAACUCCAGCUGAUAUUUCUUCAUCACAGAAAAAUAAUCUUGUGCUAGUUCUUCAAGAAACAAUAAUAGCUAUUGUUUUGACUUCCCCAACCGAGCAAAAAAAUAUUUGGUAGAGUCAUUUUUCGAGCCUCUACAGGUCAACCAGGUCUUGAUUUAUUUAGACUAGAGGGUGGUUGGCAGCUUGUGAAAAAAUGUAUCAGGCAUUCCUUUUUCCCCCCUCUCUUCUCCAAAAAAAAAAAAGACAAAAAUAUAUUUGGGAGUACUCCUUUCCUCAGGUCAAAGAUAUCAAUCGUUUGUAUUUUUGUACAAUUUUGAGACUUAAUUGCUUCAUAUUGAGAAAUCAUGAUCAUACAGCAUAUUUUUAUCCAACAUGAAGCAAGUAUUUACUUGGUUCUAUAGUGAUUUAUGAAACUGUUACCUUAUUUUUAUGUGCAUUUAACUUACUGACCAUAUAUUAUAUUGUUUGUCUUCAGGCUGCUUGGCACAGCUACCGUCCCCCUGAAAGAUCUCGUGAAGGAUAGCAGUCACACAAUGCAAGCUGAUGUUAAUUUAUUGGAUGGUAAUAACAGAAUGACUCAGGUAUGUGAGCUGGUUUUAAUAAUAAUUAUUGACCUUUUAAUUCUAAAUAUGCUAAAAAUAUUUUUUAUGUACACAAAUUUAAUUUUGUGUAACUUUAGGUGACUAGCAAUGCAUUUCUAGCCAUAUACCUAGCAGUCCUGGUAAGGCUAGGGUACUUUAAUCCCAUUAACUCAACCAACAGUUUUCUUCAAUUCCACAAUCAGCAACAACAACAAUCUUUAUUUGUACUCACUCUCUUGCUCAAAAAUAAAUGACAACAAUGAAAAUAUUACAAGUAAAAAUUAGAGUACUGGCUGACUGGAAUAACCGUAGGGGCUAUAAAGCAGAGCCAGGCAGCUAGUUGACAUCAGGGUUAAAUAGAAAUAAAUUAAAGGUCAACAAGAAAACCGAAGCAUAAACGCACUCUUAAAAAAAAGAGAGAGAGAGAAGAGGAAAAAAUGCUAUUUCUACACUAUUAAGGAAGUCUAAAAUAGUUAAAUUUACAGUUAUAUAUGAAUACAAAACAUUAAUAUAAGAAGAGCACACCAGAGCUAUGGCAACUAAUAACAAGUUAUAUAUUAAACUAUGGAAGAAAAAAACAUUAAGACAUGGAAAGGUGACAGAAUUUAGCAAAAGACUAAUUUACAGGUAAUUUGGGAAACAACACAACUGCUUAUAGGAAUACAAGUAACUAAUAAUCUUUGACAAGAUCCCUUUUUACUGCUCCCUUGAAGUUUGAAAUAGAGAAGUCAGAGGGUUUUCAAAUUUUCACUAAUUGAGUUCCAUACUUUGGGGCCCUUAAAUCUUAUGUUAAAUAUUCCAUAAUUUGUUCCUACUUUAAGUAAAGUAUAGAACAUAUUUGAGGCACUUCUUGUAUUAUAGUUUUGUCUUUUAUUGACUUGUGUGAAGAAAGUAUCAAACACAGAUGGUAGACAUCUAUUGUUAAAUUUAUACUUUAAGACUCCAAUAUUAAGAAAGACAAAGUCAGGCAGUUUAACAAUAAUCUAGGUGUUUGAAAAUUGGACUAGAAUGUUCAUGAAAUUUAGAGAAUGGUCAUCACACACAUUGCUCUCUUUUGUAAAAUGGACAAAGGCUGGGUAGUUGAAGAAUAGGUGUUACCCCAAGAAAUUAACCCAAUGGGUUAUUAAGGUGUAAUAUAGUUUAACCAGAAUAUCUGAAUUCACGUAAUAAUGAAGUUUAGAAAGAAAUGCUCAUUUUGGUCAAACUGCUUGCAAAAUGCGUUAUUAUAAUUUAUGCAUUAGGUUUGGUUCAUGAAAAGUUUGCCGUCUGAAUCAAAGCUGUUCCAAAGUCGUUCCACAGUCGAAAUUCCCGGCUGGGGUAGGCGUGAAGACUGGCUGAACUGUUCCAAAUUGAAAUAGGCGUUCCUAAUUGAUUCAGACGUCGAACUUUUCACAUGCUUAAUUCAAUGUGUUAGGUCCGGCUCUUGAAAAGAUUGGCGUCUGAACCUGGCCUUACUGACUUUAAAAGGAAAAAAUAAAACUUUCCCUCCCCCAUCUCCUCCAUGCAAUGUUGUUCCUCAGUUCAAGUUACCUGUAGAAAACAACAACACCCUAACUUUGAAUGGAGGGGAGAGGAGAGGGGUGUAGAUCUAUCGUUUUGUUCCCUCAAAUUACCCGAUUUGAGGACAAUGUCUCAACAAUUUUGUUGCCAAUUGUAUUUCAUUGUUGACUGUACUGUUGUUUUCUGUAGGCCAAGCUGUCACUGCGCUUGGAGUACAUACCUCCUAAACCAAGCAAAAGUGCAGAAGGAGACAUAAUUUCAGCAGUGGAUGAGACAGAUCUUGGAGCUGAGCCAGGAGAGGAGGGUUUUGAAGAUGAGUUAGGCAUGGAUGAAGCAGAAGGGGGAGGUGCAGAAGGUGUUGGUGAGGGUGUCAGGUAAGUUCUCUAGUCAUUACUUUACUUCAGUAAGGGGGUAGCCACAAUGAGGAGUACAAUAAAGUCUUCAUUUUUAACUUAACACUUCAUGAUCAGCUCAGCAUGUAUACUUACAGCCAAUUUAGUGCUCUAUUACUCACCAUACUCAUACAGGUUAAACAAAUUUGGGAGACUACAGUUAUUAAUGAUAUAGUACUACAUGUGUCAUGGUACUCUGGUUGGAGGGCUUUUGAAAAUAUUUAUUAUAGUGUUGUUACAUCUUACUCAUCAGCGGGAGUUUGAUGCACAAUUUACAACUGCAGUAUGUAAAAUCAACUAUGUUAACACUCGGUCUUUUCUAAUUGGAAGGAAAAAACGCAAGAGAAGACGGACAGCCAGACACAAGUUAUCAAAUAAACCUCAAGAUUUUCAGGUACUUUCUGGACACCUUUGGGUUUCCACCACAACCCCUUUCUUGAAUGGUUCUCAAUUCCACAUUUGCAACAUGCUUAGAACCAUGAAUUAUUAUCCAAUAGAUCCACUUUAGGACAAACCCCCUCUGGACCUAUUCUUGAUGCCCCUUGCCCGUUGCUCAUACAGCCCCACUUGAAAGGGACUUUGAUCAUGUUCUCCACAGAAUCACCUAAAAAUUGCUGGGUAAAUGUUAAGUCCCAUUUUUGAACCAUCCACCCUCUCAAAAGCUAAGACCAAAACUUAUAGACAGACUUAAUUAUAUCUUGCUUGGUUAAUGAUACAGGUAUGGGUGUGCAUUUGUGCCAACUCUCCCAUAUUAUUUGGGAGUCUUCCAGAUACGACACCUGAUCUCCCGGUCUCCUGUACAGGUCACCAUACAGUUUGUAUCUCCCGGAUGAAAUAAUCUUUGAGCUUUUCUGUGCCUUAAAUAGUUUGAGAUUUAGCCCAUUUUUAGCUCAAAACAUGAAUUUUUCUUAUCUGCAUUAUGAACAUCAAUGGAACAUGUUGCGAUCUUGCGAAAAAUUAAAUUUCUAUUCCACUUUUAAGACUGAUGUUAGUAGAUCAGAAUAUUUAGAUCUUAUUAAAAACGAAAAACACUGCCAGGCAUUAGCAAAAUUAGGAUCAAGUAAUCACAAGUUAAGAAUUAAAAAUGAUAGAUACCAUAUUCCUAAAAUUCCUGAGAAUAUGCACCAGUUUUGCUAGCUGAAUAAAGUAGAGAAUGAAAUUCAUUUUCUGUUAGGAUGCAGAAAUGAAGGUACUGUUCCUAUGCCCUUGCAAAUGGCUUUGCGUGGCUCGGAUGACCACUUAAAAUGGCGGUCCCAUCUCCAGUAGGAGAUGUAAAAAAUAGUGUCCCCAAUUGGUACUUUCAUGCUAAAUACAUUGAAACUCAAAUAAAGUGCAUUUUUUCAACAGGUUCGUGUUCGAAUUAUAGAAGGUCGGCAACUUUCUGGUUCCAACAUCAGUCCUGUUGUCAGGGUAACAGUGGCUAAUCACACACGCCAGACCAAAGUCAAGCAUUCAACAAACAGACCUUUCUAUGAUGAAGUAAGUGGUAGAGUGUUAAUGUAAAAUUGUAAGUACUUUUAGAAAAUGGUUAGGCAUCAUUGUAGGAUAUUAAUUUAAAGGGAAUUCUACUGCAGUGUACUGUGUGGUCUUAGGGUUUAAUUUGAUCCUCUGCGGCUUCGCUGAAUAGUCUGGUUUCCACUAGGGCUGCCUGCCCAAGGUAACUAUAUGGGUAUUUUAGGGCUUUUGAUGUAGUUGAAAAAAAGAGAUAUUGACAGCAGCACAUGCUUUGGCUGCCUUGUGUGUCACUAAGCUGAGGUUAGGAAUGGGGUCAUUUUUGUGGUGCUUCUUAGUGCAUUGUGCAAUAGUUACUCAAAAGGUUCCAUAUAUCAGCAGCAGAAUAAAUUAAUGUUGACAUGUUUUUGAGUUUGCUAAUUAUUUCAUAGCAUAAUUAUUGGUCUGGACCUUCUAGUCUGAAUUGUAGCCUAUAAACAAUACCAUAUUCCUUGAAGUUUGAUUUGGCCUGAUUGAGUUUCAUUGAUAUUUUUUUUUCUCCACCAGCUCUCAGUAUAGCAGUUCUGAUAUUAUCCACAGCAAAAAGAUUUUGCUUACAUUUUGGUGCUGCUUGGUGCAUUGUGCAAUAGUUACUCAAAAGGUUCCAAAUAUAUAAGCAGCACAAUAAAUUAAUGUCGACAAGUUUUUGAGUUUGCUAAUUAUUUCUUAGCUUGUGAGCAUGCAAAAAAAUCUCACCAUUUUGGGGAGUUGCGAGAAGUGAUGCGAGAGCAGCACAUGAAAGGAGAUGCAAGUGUGAGGGGUGGGGCAAGAAAGGGAGAGUUAAAUGUGAGGAUCUCCUAUAAAAUUUUCAUUUCCACCCUGGAAACUGAAGAAAACCGCAAAGCAGUUGAAAACUGUCACUGGAAACAAGAAAUGUGUCAGUUUUUUGAAGUUACCCACAUCAGACGAAGCCAAAUGUGCCAGUUAUACUAGCAUUCCAGCAACAAAAUAUUACAAUUUUGCCUAAAGGCAAGCACUACUAAAGGAAGACAAUUGGUCUGGACCUUCUAGUCUGAAUCAUAGCCUAUAAACAAUACAAUAUUCCUUGAAGUUUGAUUUGGCCUGAUUGAGUUUCAUUGGUAUUUUUUUUCUCCACCGGCUCUCAGUGUAGCAGUUCUUAUAUUGUCCACAGCAAAAAGAUUUUGCUUACAUCUAAUUUACAUUUUGCCUUUUUCAAAAGACAAGUUUUGAUGCUCUUAUUUAAUCUCUUGUAUCUUGCAGACCUUCUUCUUCAACUUUCAAAUGUCUCCACUUGAGCUGUUUGAUGAAAUAAUCAGUUUUGAGGUAUAGUUUUUAAAAAUGUAGAACUCCCUAAUUGUUGGCAAACCUUUUAAAGGGAGUAGUCCAUGACUUUGAAUGAUGAAAAUUGAUUCAUUAUUUAUAGAACUGAUAGACACCCUUUUUAAAAAUCGUGGUUAAGUAUGUACAAGUGCAAAAUUAUAAAACUGUUGAUAACCAUUGGUAAAUGAGCCAGCUAUCCAUGGUGCAUUUGCAAAUUAAGCUUACCUGUCAUUCAUUUGCUUAUUUUGUCCAAAACAGGUGUUUAAUUCAAGGAAGCUGAGAGCAAAUGCCAUGAUUGGAUAUUUCAAGGUAAAAGUAUUCUGCACAUACCAUAUUUUUUUAUACAAGGGUGAGGAUCUUGUUUUGAAAAUUUUACUUAUCAAAGUUGAUAGGUUGGAGGUGCUUAUUAUUAAUUUGCCUGUUUUAAUGCUAAACCCUGGGAAAGCAAUUGUUUGAUGCUAGGAGGUGUUUAAUAGGCCAUUUGGACAAUGACAUCAUUUUAGUACUACGACCAGAAUCUUUCAGGGUUUUGCUUUCUUGUGCUAAUUAGGGCUUUUUAUUUGUUAUUCAAACCUCACUGGGAUUACAAAAUUUAAAUAUGAAAGGAAAAAUGAAAAGGAUUGUGGUCGUAGUAGUAAAAUGAUGCCAUGGUAGCAAAAUUUCUGGAUGACAACAAACUGAAAGCAUCAUGCAAAAAGUGAAUUCACACUGUUUCAAACUUCAUUGAUCUUAUUCAAUUUCAUUCAAUUUGUCAAGUGUUGGCCAAAUUUUAAAGGGUUGGAUCCGAAAGUACCAUACCUAAGUUUAGAAAAAGAAAUUAGGAAGUGUCAUGUUGCAGUCGUGCAACAUCAGUGUAGAAAUGUAAAAAAGCGUGAUGCACAUGCAAAGUUGUUGUUUUACUUUAUAUAAACCUAUAUUACUUUUUACCGUUCUUGUUGCCCUCGCUGUCACUGUUCCUAAUCAUAAGCUUCUUAUUGUGAUCCAAGCAUUUUACUACCAUAACAACAUGACAUCACACAUCUCUUCUCUGCUAGAACUGUGUUAGAGCUAUUGUGAGGUACAAUGUAUUAAAAGGGCUUGUGUACAUUGGAGUCCUAGCUCCUCUGUUCUGUGAGCCACAUUAUUUUUUUUCAACAUUUUCUAUUAUAUAAUGGUGGAAGUUCUGUAAAUAAAUAAAAUAAAUAAAUAGAUAAACCUAAAUGAGUGGUUAAAGACAGGCUGUGCAAUAUUGAAAGUUGGUUUACUUAAAACAAAAAUAUGCUAGAGAUUUACUUGAAACUUAAAUUAUGAAAUAGCUCAUUUUUGUGCUGUAAUAAUUCUAGCUUUGUCCUUUAUUGUUUUGAUUUUGUUACAGAGUGAUAUUGGCUUUUUUUAUGAUGAACCAUGUGAGUAGAGUACCAUAGACUCCUUUAACUUAUAAUGAUUUCUAGGAUAUUACAUUGUUCUUAUAUAUCUUAAACUGGCUGGCUUGCCUUUCCAUUUAGUAUACUGUGUGUGCUUUCAAAGAUGUCACUGAUUUAAUUUUUCCUAGCAAAAAUGAUUGUACGUUGGAGGGAAAUAGAUUUGUCCUUCAAGAGGCGAGCCCACCAAGAGAAUGCAGCUUAAUAAUGUUCUGUUAUAAUCUUCUAUUAAGCUCCCCUCGCAAAUAAGCCCCCCGCUCUUCAGGGGAAGAAAGUUAAUAAGUACUCCCUCUCUUUUAAGCCACCCCUUCCCUCCCCUUGUUAUUGUUCACUGAUAAAUGAUAGACUGUAUCAAUCAAUCAAAUCUAUGAAGCGUCGUGUGGACUGAUCUGGGAUGGUUUAUUCACUAACUUGAAGUUCGGAUUUGUUUUUGAUUCUCAGCUGCACGACAUCCAUCUUCUUGUAACUAGAACUUUUCCACUUUGUAUUAUAAGUUCUUUAUGGAAAAUUGAUACCAUGGACUUCGGUAAAUUAAAUACCCCCCUUCUCAAAUAAGCCCUCCCCUCAAAUUUGUUUGAAAUAAAUAAGCCCCCUCAGGGGGCUUAACAGAGGACUUACAGUAUGUUUAAUUUAAUAUAUUUUAAUUUAACUGGAGGUGGAGUCAUUUUUUUCCUUUUUUCACAGCUCAUGCUGUCAUGAGAAAAUGGGUCUUGCUAACUGAUCCAGAUGACAAGAUGGCUGGAGUUAAGGUAAGGAAAAAAUGUCUUGUUUACAGGUAUAUGUUGUGGUUCAAUUUUAUCCUUUGUUUAAAUUUUAUUUCCCUUCGUUUUGAGGUAUGGUAAUGUAUGAUAAUGAGUUUAAAAUAAAGAAAAAUAAAAUUUAAACCAAGGAUAAAAUUGAAACACAACAUAUACAUGUAUCAGACAAUCUUGGAAGUUUUGGAAAAAUGCCUCUGGUGACUUCUGAUAAACUGCCAAUUUGUUCUUCCAAUAAUAAUUUAUUUCCCUUACUGGAUAUUCUUGUGAAUCAAAGGAACAAUUUCUUAUUAGUUUAGGAGUUUUUUAAAGGCCCUCUUCAGUCAGCAUCCUCUAGAUCUUGUAUGGCUGGAUAGAACAUCUUAUAAGGUUUUAUGAUCUGUUUUUUUCUAUCUUAGUUGGUCCUCAGGUAUGUAAAAAUACCAUUAAUUUUCUAGAUUCACUGUCUGUUAUAAAUAAUAGAAUCAGUAGAAAUAUGCAUGUUUAUACUAGUGCAAGGUUAUCCUACUGUGUGCUUCUUAGUGUCUUGUGGAGAGAAUAUAUUUUUACCUUUUAAAACUCUAAAAGUGGAUGCCCACUGACUGUGAGCAGUUAGAUUACUGAACUUGUAAAUGGGAGUUCCUGAGGUCAAGAUUGGUCUGACUUUGUCCCCUGUAAGGGUGCAAGAUUCCACACCGUGGAUUCUGUAAUCCAUAUUCUUUGCCACUUGAACUAUGGAUUCUGGAUUCCAUUUGUUAGUUGGAUUUCAGAUUCUUUGAGCUAUAUUCCGGAUUCCAUAAGCAAACAUUUCCUGGAUUCUGGAAUCUGGAUUCCUAUACAUGGGGCGACUGACUGCAAUCUGGAUGUAGAUAACCGUCUUGAUUGCCUUCAGUUAGUUGGAAUUCUUAACCCCGGUUAUGUUUGAUUUAGGUUAUUAUUUCAUUCUUUUAAUGCUUAGACCCAUUACAUUUGCUAUAAGUUGAUCUCUUGCAGAGUGUAAAUAAAGGAAUAUUAUUAUGAUUAUUAUGAUUAUUAUUAUUUCCAGGCUAAUACCUUACCUAGGAUAGGAUAGGAUAGGAUAGGAUAGGAGAAACAGUUUUUCUCUUUGGAUAUCAGUUGUCUCUAUUAGCAGUUUGCAUUGUAGCUGUAGUUUGAUUGUAGCUAUAGCUGUAUCACGUUUUGAUGUGUUUUUUUUAAUUGGUAUGCAGGUCUUUGUAGAUUUGCAUCCGUAAUUUUGAAUAGGGCAUAUAUUUUAAGUUAAUUCUGCAUUGUAUGAGUGUUGCAUUCUGACAAUUGGUACAAGCAUCUCUGUAAGUGGACACCCCUUGAAGAUAGUAACAGCUGUUCACUUCUGUUAGCUGUAGCUGUACUCUCUCUAAAAAGGAUUCCAUCUAGGAUGGACCUACAGGGGCAGAACCAGAAAAUUCCAAAAGAGGGGACUGGGAAACUUGCCCAGCCAUAUACAUGUAGAUACUAUUAACUUGAGGGUAAAUGAACUGUCACGUCUCUGUCAACAAAGAAAGCUCUAAAAGACAGUUUACAGAGAAUUCUUUAAAAUCUACAUACAAUUUUAGACAAAAGGAGAGGCUGCGGACCCCUCAGACUCCUGCUAACUCUGACACAUAGUCAUUAGCAUCCAAGUACAACAGUCUAAGGCUAGCAGAAUGACCCAUUUGGUUAGCGAGUUUUCAUUUGCCAGUUACCCAGUGGGCAAACAAAUUUUAUUGUCCUUGAAGAAAAAUUUAUUAUAAGUGAUAAAAACUUUGAACAUACUUCUUGGAGGUCUGGGCACUAAUAAGGUGGCACAACAUCUUGUCCUUCAUAAUGAGCAAACUGAUUUUCUAAUUUUGGUCUCGUUCACCAUACACCUUGCUCAAAAAUGGCAUCAAAUUUUGAAGUUCUUUAAUGUCUUUAUGGCAAUUGUCCUCAACGCCUUAUUUCAAGGUAAAAUUUCUUUUGAAAUUUUUAUCAUUCUGCAUAUACAACCCUGGCAAAAAGAGUUAAUUAACCUAAAUGUAUCAAAAGAAAAGAAAUUUUGUCAUUAUUUCAAAAUUAGGUGUAUGUAGACUGUACCUGCAAGGUGACUAGUUACCUAGUUUAUAUUGUGUUUGAUGCCAUUGAUCAUACAAACUCAUUGAACAAUUAAGUGACUAAUUGAAUACCAGGAUGAAGAUGAGGAUGAUGAAUCAACUACUACAGGGAAGUCACGUGGAGCUAGUGGAAGAAGAAGUGGUGGAAUUCCAGCAGUAAAUAUCCUGUUGUUUUUCACAAAUCUGUUCAUCCAUUGUUGUCACAUAAAAAAUUGCUUGAAACAUGCCAGUGAUACGCUUAAAAUCGUCUGCAUGACAUGCUAAACGACCAAUAAAUUCCUUCUAUUUUUUUAUACGAGAAUAGUAAAUUUUUGGUGUCUGAAAGUAGAAUAAAGCUGGAACACUGUAAUCGAUAAAUUUGGUUAAAAUGACCAGCCAUAAUGUGUGAAGUUUUAAUUUCUUGAAUGGACCUGUAAAUGUACUGAUUCAAGUUUGGUAUACAUGUAUUAAGGCAUGUGAGUUAAUCUAGUGAAUUAAGUGAAGAAAGUGUGAAAGAAAUCCAGGCAAUAAAAGAAAUAAGCACAAGUUGUAAGAUAACAUCAAUAAAUUUUAUUGCCCUCAACAACUAAGGUUGUUGCUCCAAAAAAGUUGCAAUCUGUUAGCUCUAACAUGAACUGCAUUGUAUCAAAUUUUGUAACCUAGGAAUUACAAAAGUUUGUAUAAUGUUUGAAGAGUAUUUACCUAUCACUGAAAUUGAUUUUAACACCUUAAAAUUGUGCCAUAAUUUAUUGCAUAAUAUAUUUCCAGGAAAAUAGUUUGAUUUAAUGCGUAAAAAGUUACAUGUAAAGUGUUGUUAAUCCCUUCAGUAGUUCUUUUUAAAUGUAAUAAAAAAGUGUCAAGCAAAAUUUAUUAUGGAAUGUUCUGUGAUUAGUAUUUUGUCGUAUUUUUAUAAGUUCAAAACGUCAGCUUUUUGAUAUAAAAAGAUAAUAACAUAAUGAUCAUAACGUUAUGUUUAAAGGUGAAUUGUCAGUUGGUGCCAUAAAUAACCAUUUUUAUCAGUAUAAUUAUCAGAAUUAUCCCUUUGAUUAUUGUAGCUUGCCUUUUAAAAAUUCUAUAAAGACCUUUUUAUAGUUUAGAAGUUUAUGUUACAAUUGAAAAUAAAAUUCAGGUUAAAAUAUUUUAACCUAGGUUGAUCGUUAAUAUUCUGUCUUCUGGCCCUAAUUCAUGAAUAAAGAGGGCAAAGAGACAAAGGUUAAAAAAUUAUAACCUGAAUUUACUUUUGAAAUGUAACAUUUGUAAAUCUUGAUGUUAUUAAUUGUAACUGAAAACGAAUAAGACAGCUCCUUAGUCGUAUGCUUUUCACUGACAUUUAUUUGUAAAACCACUUAAAUUUUACUACAUAGCUUAGGUAAAAAAUAGAUCUUCUGGUAAAAACUAUUCAUAUGUCAUGAAAUUCAGUUCAAAAUAGAAAGAAAAGUAAUGUAGCAUCAUUCUUCCUUAGAGCCUAUAAAACGUAAAACUUUACUUUAUAAGUUGUAACGUAGUAGACCUUAUAAAUUAUUCCGGGUUGAGUAAAAUUGAGUUAUUUACAUGAAGUUAGUGUAACUAAUGAAAAUUGCAUUUUUCUUGGUAUGUAAAAGUUUAAAAUAAUAUGAAACGUCAUUAAGUAAGUAAAUUUUCUAUCCUUUUUAAAGCUUAAAUUAUAUCAUUCUCAUUUUAAUUAUUUCUUUCCUAUUCCUACUUGUUUUGAGUUAUGAAAUGUUCAACAAAAUGCGCACAUCGUGAUUGUCAAAAGGCAUUAUGUCGCUACAGAGCACUUCCCUUGUGUCACACGCUCGUGCUUUGUCGUCUUUUAAUACUGUCGGUUUACAUCGCCAUCACGAUUACGCGCAAUUGUUCGAACAUUUUAUAAAGAAAAUUCACUCGAUAUUUGUGUAUUGUUGAGUCAGAAAAGCACGUUGGAAACUUCAAGUACAUGACAGAGAAGCAAGAAACUCUCUUUUCCUACUUCUUCUCUUUUCCACAUUUCAUGUUCUUCAUUUUUCCCACGCGUUUUUAGAAUUCAUUCAGUGAUGCAGUGGACACAAUAUUCAAUUUUAUGUCGUUUGGUUUACAUGUUGCAACUGACUUAAAUUAUUCUUCUAUUUUACAGGGCUAUGUUAAAGUGACUGUCAUGGUGCUUGGUCCUGGUGAUGAGGCUCCAGUAAGUUUUGGCUCACUUUGAGAUUUUUUUUUGUUUUCGUAUGUGGGUAAUUCUCGUCUAUUUAUUGUCACAUUUUGUUCGACAUUUGUGGCUACUGGGCUACUGUCGACCCUUUUGCAUUUAAACAAACCAACAGAAACACGGAGGUUCUCGGACAAAAAAAUUAACUGCUCCAUUCGAGACCCGAGACUUAAAAGGAUUUGUUAUGUUGCUGGCACUACCACCCAUCCAGUAGAUGUAAUAUAAAAACAAAGUAAAGCUGCCAGUCUUUAUUCAGAAGUAAUAGAACAGUGUUACCUUCUGGCGUCCUCCUUAGAUGGCGGUGAAGAGAUUUACGUAAAAGAUGUAACAUGAUCUUGAAGUAGCCAGAAACAGCACACUCUGUAUGUUGCGCCGUAUACGCUGUAUGUGAUUCUGUGAAUAGCACCAUUUCCAGUGUUCAUUUUUUCUCGAAAAAGUCAUACCUUUUGCCUUACAUUCUUGAUAUUUAACACAUAUUAACCUUUUAUUUACAAGCUCAUUUUAUUCUUGCAGUCUUCCUCGAAAGGUGUAACAGAAGAUGACACAGAUGACAUAGAAUCGUGAGUAGAAAAAUACGUUUAGAGCUUUCUUUUCUGUAAGAUGCAAUAUUCUAGUUCGGCAAGUUUAAAAAGGACUGUUCUUUGACCCAUUCCCUCCAGAAAUUUUGUCAAAAACGCGCUUUGAAGUUUUUAGUAUUUUCCCCGGUGGUCAGUGGAACAAGAUUUUCAUUGGGAUUCACUGGUUAACUUUACGGUCGGUUUGACUGAAUCGAAUCAUUCGAGUAUGGUUUGAAUUAUAUCCUCCCUGCACGAGUUAGCUGAAAAAAUUUAAAACCUAAAAACUGAUGAUCUCUCAACUGGUACAAUGACGUGAAUCCACACAGGCAGCUAUGAGCAGUUAGGGGUUAAUGGGUUACCAUGUUUCGUCAAGUUUCGUAUGUUUCCAUAACGGUUCCUCAAUCUUUGUCACCUCUGUUUUUGAAAUGCUUUGUCAAUUUUGUCUUCUUCUUGAGCCUCAUAACUUUAUCCAUUGUGGCUAUUACAACAACAACAACAAUUUAUCUAGUGACAAAGGACAAUAUGGUAUGCCCCGCAAAUAGCUCUGAAGCUAAUCCAGGCUGUGGCUAUUCGUUUCGAGAAACGUUUUCCCAGCAAAUUUGUUUUCAGGCUGUCCCUCUUGGCGUCGUUGGGAAACUACAUGACUGUCCGGGGACUAGGCAGUAGGGUGCUUUAGCAUCGACGCGACAACGAGGACGUCAGAAACAAAGCAAUGGGUUUAAUAAGGAAAAAGAUGAAAGGAAAAAAAUCGCGUGUGAUCUUUCUAGCGCAGUCUUUCUCAAAAUGCGGGGGCGGGGUCGGGAGGAGGGGAGUUCGAACAUUAAUAAUUAAUAAACCUAUUGAGUAUAACACCAAUACUUGCAAUUAUUAAUGGCUACUGUUGGCUUUUGAUCACCUCGUGAUUAAAAUACGGCUAUUUUUUUUACCAGUAACCUACUACAGCCCUCUGGUGUGAUGUUACGCCCCGCUGUCUUUUCACUGAAAGUCUACAGAUCAGAAGACAUUCCUCAAAGUGAGAACAUGUUUUUUAUAUUGUCACAUGGCCCUUGUCCUUUUUCUGUCAGCUGUUUGAAAGCUACCAAUAUUUACCUUUUACUGUCUUUCUUGUGCCGAUUUUUUAAAAGAUAAAUGCAGUUUACUAUUACAAGGUACGACAGAGCCAGAGACAAGACUGGACUGAAGUAUUAUGUAUGCUUUUUUGCUCUCUUAGUGGAUUCCGGAUUCUUUGAAGGAGUAAAGAAGGUCCUCCAUGUCGGCGAGGUAGGGUUUUUCAGAUAUUUUUGUGUCAAUGACUUAAUGCCUUCCUGCCCCUUGUUUUCUGUUAAGUUUUUGUUUUGUUUUCAUUGGUGUUCAAUUUCCACCUCAGUAACAUCAUUAUUUAUCUUUUUUUCGUUAUUUCCUUUUUUCUCAGGAACAAAAAGAAUUAGUGGAUCCAUAUCUUGUAUUUAGCUUUGCUGGAAGAAAGGUGAAAAUACAUUUCUAAAAAUGAUAAGUGAAUUUUUUCGUAGAGAUGUAAAUUUUUUUCCAAAGGCAGAUUAAUUUUUCUUUCUCACUGGAAAAAAAUAUGCCGUAUGUUAAUUUACGAGGUAAAUUGAAUUUAUACCAGACAAGAAAAUUUAGCUGCCAAGUUACCACAGACCUCAGUUGUUUCGUUUUACUUCCAUUAAUAUUAAGCGUUGUCCAGAAAAUAGGCCAGGGUUCGUACAGUUCAUGGAAAACCUGGAAAGUCAGGGAAAAUUAAAACCGUGUUUGGUAGAUAAGUCGUUAAAGUUGUCAACGCAGGAAAAAUUGUGACAAAGACAACUAGUGAAACAGUGCGAACGCCAUGCAUUUUCGUUUAAGCCAGAUUCUCGGUUUGUGGAAGUUGGUAUGCCAAAUAGUUCCUUUAAAAACAAGGAUAGUUUUGAAACUUUUCGAAAGCGACGGCUUAAGAUCAUGGGAAACUAGAGAAGGUCAUAGAAAAAGUCAUUGAAAAUCAUGGAAUUUAAAGAGCUCAAAAAGGUACGAACCCUGUAGGCUCGAUUACCAGCCGUUGUUUGGGAAAUGAGGCCACUGUCCUCCCCCUCCUCCCUCCUGGCUGUGUUUCUGAUAUGUUCUACAUUUCCGUGUAACAGGCAAAGACCAGGGUCCAUUACAAUUCAGAUCAUCCCGAGUUUAACCAGGAACUCAAUGUACAGUUUAAGGUGAGUGUGCAAGCGUACAAAUUGCCAAAUCUUGUGUGUCGUGUUUGACAUAUUACUGAAACCUGUUUGCAACAAUUCGAAGGGCUCAUGUCACUUUUACAGUGGAACAAUGUGGAAAGCAAGGACAGAGUAGUAUAGUAUACAAGGUAGCAAAUUGAGCUGCAGCAAUUAGUGUAAGUUUCGGUGUGGACAAGCAAUUGACCAGUGUUUGUUCUUACAGUUCCCAUCUAUGUGCGAGAGACUGAAACUACAAGUAUUUGACUGGUAAGAAUAAACACUUUCUUGAAACCUGCUUUCUCGUUUCUCCUUUGCUUUCAUUGAUCGACAACCUAGAGGAUUUUGGAGUUCUGUUUAUGAAUAAAUCUUUCUCCUAAUUUUCGAUCUUGCAAAAUAUUUGAUCUUAGGGAUCGACUGACAGCUGAUGACUGUGUUGGAACUGGUUAUUUGCCCAUAUCUGCUAUAUCUGGACAGGGUGAUGAUGGUAAGGCUGCUUGACCAUUUGCCUCUUUGAAAGAUCUAUUCGAUUAUGCAAUGUCUUGUAUGACUUUUGUAACUUCAAUUUUUACACUUGGUAUGGACAACAUCCCAGCAUGACACACCCAGUAACACAGACUUCUCGUUCUGGCCUCAGUUGUUCAAAAGCUGGAUAGCGCUAUCCACCAGAUAAAUCACUAUCCACUGGAUGAAUAUUAGGGAAACCAAUUGCGCUGUCCAGUGGAUAGAGAUUUAUCGGGUGGAUAGUGCUAUCCACCUUUUGAACAACUGGGACCUGAAGUGUUGCCACAGUCCGUGAUUUGCAAACCGGGUCUACUCUUUGAAAGGAUCUCCAGUGUAGUAUUUAAGUUGAAACGAAUUUCUUCAAAUUCUGUUUCUUCAAGUUAAAGUGGGUUUAGCUGACUUCAGGGAUCUCACACAGCCAGUCGGGGCCCUUUAACACGUAUAGCAUGGAGAAAUCUUCUGUACCGUCUCACCUUUUCCUGUGAUUCUGUUUUUUUUUUCUUCCAGGGUUUCUUCCUUUGUUUGGUCCAUGUUUCAUCAAUUUGUAUGGUUCAACAAGAGAAUACUCAGAUCUGCCUGAUGAAUAUGAUGACUUGAAUUUAGGAAUUGUAGGUUUCCUUAUGAAACAUUCAUACCGCUGUAAACCACAUGGAAAUAGAGUCCUAAUGUGUGACGUCAUAAAAAAUUAUGUUUGUGAAAUUAGGGAAUUUUUCGGGGGAUUAUGAAAGAACAAGACCCAAAAGGCCUACUUGCUAAACAUAAGCAUUCCAGGGCAAAUUGUCUUUGAGAUAUUAGCUCAGUUCUGCUCUGAUGACUUCAUACAAAUCCUUCUAAAUUUGACUCAGUUUCAUAACAUUAGGAACCGAGUCAAAUUUAAAAGGAUUUGUGUGGUGUCAUCAGAGCAAAACGGGACUAGUAUCUCCGAGACAAUUUGCCCCACAGUGCUAGAUUUUGGCAAGUAGGUCUUUCAGAUGUUGUUCUUUCAAAAUAUCCCGACGAAUCCCUUAAUUUCAAAAAUUUAAUUUUUGUGACGUCAUCACUUAAGAACUCCAUAGGGAGACCUUGGGCGCUUUCCAUUUACGGAAAAAACCCGGAAAUUUCGGUGGUAGCAAAAGUGGAAUUUCCGAUUGGUAAAAAGUUGUUCCAUUUGGUCGUAAACCCCGGUACGUGGCGCGGUGCCCGACCGUGGACCUGGAACUGGUACAAACUACAAGAAACGUCAAUGGAACACGACUUUCCGUUCGGAAAUUCCAACCGGGAAAACGGGACCACCUUUUUAGAUUCUCCACUUUUUCUGGGAAUUUUCCAGUGGGACGAACCGACGAAACGUGUUCCAUUUACCGCCGAACCGGAAAUUCCGGAAAUUUUGACUAAAUGGAAAGCGCCCCUUGACAUGCCUCAACGGUUUCAUUCGAUAUCCAAAUAUUGUAAAACGUGGCGUCCUUAAUAGGCAAACAGUGCCGAAAUGUUAGGAGAUAUGACAUCAGCAGCGACGCUUUUGUUCUUUUUUUUAGGGUGAAGGAGUUGCAUACAGAGGAAGAGUUCUGGUGGAAUUAGAAACCAAACUGGGACCGUCGUCAAAAGAACCCGCCGAGGAUCUUCAGAGUCACGAAAUAAUCCGUGUCCAGGUACAGCCAUUUGUCUGAUGAUAGUAUCUUAUUCCUGAAAAAAAUCUUGUAUCAUAGACUGUCACCUUUUCUUAGUUUUUGGAAAUGGUUGUGACAUGCUUGUCCAAUUAAUUUUUUUUUGUCUGAUGCAGGUUUAUAAUCAGAAUUGUUGGGUUCAGCGGUGCUGGUGACACUAUCCCUCCCGCCACUAUCCGAAACUAAGGGUGGAUUUCUGCUGUCGCGUAAUUUUUACGCGACGUGCGUAAAUUACAUGUAUCUAGAGGCAAUGUAUUAAAGGUCGCGCCUAAACUUAGAGGUUUACGCGCGACACUUCAUACAUUUCCUCUAUUUUGUUGACGCGCGUGCUCCCGUAAAUAUUAAACGACAGAGGAAAUCCACCUUGAUGCACGCCUUUGUCCUAGCUUGCCGGCACAUGUUUUGUGUACGUGUCUUACCUAAUAGUGUCCUUGAAGGAUAAACCGCUAAUAUUGACCUGCUUUUUUUUACCCUUCAGCCUUACUUGCGCAGGCGCAAGUUCAAGCUCUUUGCUUGUUUCUUGGAGGCAACGAUGAUAUCAUGCACAGACGGUCCAGUGGAGUUUGAAGUCAGCAUAGGUUGGUUCUUUGAUUUACAAUAGGUCUUUUUGCUUGCAAUAGAGAGGAGAAGUGAUGACGUGACAAAAACUAAGUUGAUUGAUUGGCAUGUGCGGAAAGGACAAGGUGAAAAAAAGGUGCUAAACAAGCUAAAAAAAAGUGUAUGUAUUUUUGACGCAGGUAAUUAUGGUAACAAGCUUGAUCAGUCAGUCCCUCCAUCGUCUUCAACCACUCCUCCAACAAAUGCAGUGUAUGAUGGCUCCUACUACUACUACCUUCCAUGGGGCGACACCAAACCUUGUGUGUGUGUUGAUAGUCACUGGGAAGACAUCUCAUUCAGACUAGACAAUCUAAAUAUCUUAACCAGACUGUGUGAGAGGCUGGUAAGUAUAAAGAAACACAAAAGGAUCCGUUUACUGGGGCUUUGCCCCCCAAAUUUCGUCUUCUUGAUAAAAACUGUGCAAUCUUGAGAAUCUUAGCGCAACCUCACCGGAAAAAUAUCGAAAUCGAGAUAAUUUAAAAAGAAACUUGUAGUGGUUGGGUUCCCUCUUUCGCUUUCUUUUUCCCGCCUUUAAAGGUCAUGUGACCUUGUCUUUCGUUCUAGCCUGGUAUAUUUUUUGCGAGUGUUUGCAGCUUUUCAUUCACUGGAAGUAACGACCUAAGUUGUUCGAUUUCGACGUGUUGACCACUGUAUUGUUGGAACACUGUUUGUCUGUCUUUUGGCACGAAUUAGAUCAUACAGUCGUCUCUCGCAGUGUUGGAAAUAAAGGAUUGUAUACAAGAGUGAAUCCGUCGUUAGACAAAGACCACAGAAACGUGAAGAAAAAGUUUAGGAACGUUCAAUUUUUCAAAGUUGUGAUCGAUCUUCACUUAAACCAUUUUGCACCCUUAAGGCAUACUCCAAAAUUCUGAAGAUAUUGCCCGGGCCUUUUUAUUAUCAAACUUGACUUGCUUAUGGAGGGUGUUUUAAUGGUACAGAGAGUUGGGUUUCCAAAUUUUUCUGGGCGUAUGACUGGAGGAAUGUUGGAAUCAGCAGUGUUCCAAGGCUUAGAUGAUAUUAUUGGGGUAUUAACUAACACAUUCGAGACAGCGUAAUCCCUCUGUACUUGUUUAUUUCGAGCUUGGCAGCGGAAAGAACGGGGAAAACAUACAGCAAGUAAGACGAUUCCUUGUAGCUCACCAGAACUUAUUUUUCAACUUACAGGAAAUAAACAUGGAAAAAGUACAACUGAGUCUUGAAGCCAAUGCACCAACGGCAGAAACUGCUUCACUUCUCAUCGCUUUGUUAGAUCAACUUAUAUACGACUGCAGGUAAGUAAAACUUUAUUGUAUUAUGUUUAUUAUUGGUUAAAUGACAUGUUAACAAUUAAACGUCACUGGCUCAGCAGUCUCUUCCGGACAGCGGUAACACUCGCCAGCGCCCAUCACACGUGGACGUUGGUGCUUCAUCGCUGUUUCUAUUAUUUAUCAUUCCAUAUUUUAUUGGGAAAGAUCAAUUAAACUAACCGGAAAUACACAUAAAUGAUUAAAAAAGAGAGCAAAAGGGAAAUGAUAAAUGCUCAAAAGGGAAAGGACGAACGGGACACUUAGACCCUGUUUACAUGGAGUGGGGGACCCCGGUCUAGUGGGGUAGGUUUCUUUUGUUUUGUGUCCCUCAGAGCGUGAAAACAAAAGAAACCAACCCCACUAGACCGGGGUCCCCCACUCCAUGUAAACAGGCCCUUAGACCCAUGAGAGGUGCCUCCUAGGGAAAUAAAAGAACUUGAAGCAUGUACAAGAAUAAAAGCUAUUUGACGUGGAAAAUGUAAAUUGUAGUAAAAGAAGAAGUAAAAUUGUAGUAAAAAAGUCAAAUUGUCGAACAAUGUAAUAUUGUAGUUAAUUGUAGUCUAAUUGUAGAGAAAUCUUAUUGUACUGAAAAAUUCUUAUUGCAAAACAAUCUAAUAUAGUGACAUAGGCAAGCGCGUGAGAUGGACCAUGAGCAGACCAGGUCCACAUUAAAAACGGUCAUUAAAAAACAACAAUUUGGCGAGCGGUUUGUGAUGAUCGUUUCAGUUGUCACGAGCACUCAGUUUUGUGGCGGUUGUUUAAAGCAUUCCGCCCACCCUACCGUCUAUUUUUCCUUCCAUUGUUUCAGUCAGUGUGAUGGGUGUCUGGGGCAGAGUCUGAUGGCUGGAUUGUGGGGAAUUGCUUUAUGGGCUGGCUGACCACAGAUGAAGGCACAGGCACCCACCUUCAAUUUCAUCGAGGCAUUCGUUUGAAUUCCGUGAAGCCAGUUUAAUCAGGGGUCUAGAUUUUAGAUUAUGUUUGGUUAAUCGCAGACCUAGUUGUUAUUGUUCGUCUAGCCUUUUGUUGAUUAUUUUUGUUUUUCUUUUAGGAAACCUUUACCAAAGAUCGACAGUUCAACUCUUGGUGUGAACGAACUGGAUCUUAAAAUUCAAGAGACAAGAAUAAUGGAAAAGGUGUGUAAGGUUUAUUGAACGGUGAUGCCAGGAGUGGUCAAAAUAAAUUAUUAAGAUUUACACUUCUUUAUUGAAGGUGCUCUUAUAAGUAAAUUUUUGCAUCUUUCUUAGUUUAUCUUUUCUUGCUUGUUUAAUUGUCUUGUUCUGUUGGGGUCUAAAAUGCCCAAAGCAGCCCUUUAUUCCUUGUAAUAACGAGAAGGUUGAGUUAAACUAACAGCAGUUUUCUUAUAUCUUUCUCUGCAGUUGGCUAUCAUGGAAGAAGCAACUAAACUUCGUGAAAGCGCAACUGAUGUUGCUGAAGCUAUGGCCGAAAUCGAAGGCUACAUGCAGAGGCUAAAAGACAUUGCUGUCGAGGUGCGUUUCUGAUGUUAGUGGUACUUUGCGAUCGCUUUAGUUGCAAAUUAAAUUAGUCCAUAUAGUGAGAUGAAGUUGAUCAAAACCACACUGACAAACUGUUUAACCAAGUUGUAAGAGAAUAACACAGAAUUGAUUGGCAAACUGAACUUUUAAACAACUUAAAAACGAGAGAUCUGUUCAUAAGUUAAAAACUGAACGACUUAUGUUAAGGACAUGUUAGGCGUGUUUGCUGCCAUUAUCCGCACGUCGUUACUCUUCCUAAAUCUCCAAUUUUAUCUCUACAGCUCUUCGCGUUUUUAUCAGACCUCUACAAAACUUCUUAUGCAUAAUAAAUUCAACAUGGGAAAUUCAUUUUAAACUCUAUUUUCAGUUGGUCUCAGUUUUUGAGAAUGUCAGAGUAACCGCUCAUCGAAAUAUUGUGUGAGUUACAGCAAGCCAUGUUUGAUAAAAAAUGUACCUUGAUUUCACGGAAAACUGUUUCCUUUUCUUCUUUUUUUGCCUUGCAGCCUCAGAACAGCAUGCCUGAUGUGGUCGUUUGGCUGAUAAGUGGAACCAAACGAAUUGCUUCCUUCCGUAUUCCAGCUUACGAUGUUUUAUACUCGCCCAAUGUAGAGUCCUGCGGUCAAUACUGUAGCAAGGUCUUCAACAUGUUUAUGAAGGUAACAAGAGUUUGUGGUCAUGCUUCUGGUUUAUUUUCAGCGAGGAAUUGAUAGGGAUUCGUGAACAUUUUUAUUUCUAAUAAUUUUUUUUGCCAUAAAAUGCACGCAUUUCUGGGAAAAAGUAAUUUAUGCAAGACUGACAAACAGUCUUAAAUUGCUGCUGGACCAUUUUUACUUACAAGAAACGUCGAUUCUCUACUUUCGAAUCCCUCAUAAUACACUCUCUUAGCCUGCGGUGCAGCCAACCCACGUAUCGCAUAUAGUGUGGAUAUAGUCCAAUGUUUAAAGUGUCUGCGCGCAGGCUAAAACUCUCUUUGCUCUCCCAAAUUUGUUGUUGUUAUUGUUUCCAAAUGCUCUUAAAGGGAACCUCCACUCUUACUACAGAAUAAGUUUAAAUCGAAUAAAAUUAUGUUGAUGAACAAAUUUGUUCGAAAUUUGUCUUAAAAAUAGUGUUUAUAUCAGGAAAAGUGAAGUUUAAAAUCGCUUAUUUUCACUUUCAAAUUUCGCGGGCGCCGCCAUCUUGAAUAAUUGUGACGUGUUACGGUUGCUCUAUUGUUCUGACACAAAGAGCUUUUGUUUAAUAACAAUAGGGCAACCAUUACACGUCACAAUUAUUCAAGAUGGCGACGCCCGCAAAAUUUGAAAACAAAAAUAGGCGAAUCUAAAAGUUAUUUCUUUCAGAUACAAACGCUUUCUUUAAAAAUAUUUUAGAUUGACUUGACUGUAACAGUUAUUUCCUGUGAUUUAAAGUUAUCUUUUUGUUGAAGUGGAGGUUCCCUUUAAGAAGACUGCAUAUUCCCUAGAGCAUUUGAAAACAUCAUUUCAUGUAAAACGUUGGGGGCAAACGGAGCGUAAUACGGGGAUUCGGAAAUAUUCAAUGACACCCUAGAUUCAACUUAUUUCAAACAUUAAUCACGUGCCAACGCACACACCACGAAUGUGUAGAUCAACGGGAAUGCUUCGUCACAGCUGUCAUUCUAAUGUUUUUGUUAUGAAAAGGCUUCUGAGGCGGUGAUUUCAAGAAAUAACCUUUGUAAAUCUGGCCAUUGAUUGUUGUGAGAUUAUACUGAGUGUUUCGCAGUGUGACAUUGACUUUUGAAAUGAUAAAGUAUGCUAAGGUAGUUUGUUAGAUGACUUUUAGCGGGCAGUGGAAAACCGGAGUACGCGGAGAAAAAACUUCGCGACGCAAGGGCAAGAGCCAACAUUUCACUCAACUGACAAAUGGUGUCGCCUUUCUCAAUUGAACCCAGGCCACACGGUGGAAAGCGGGUGCUGUCAAGACUGCGUCAGCCUUGCUUCUCAAAAGAUUAAAAUUGACACCUCUAGUAAACUCUAUGAGUUUUAUUUUUCAAUAUGAGCAAAAUUUCACCGGCUUUUUUCUUAUUGAUGUUAGUAUCCCGGUAAGAAGCAGAUGAACCUGGAAGACUUCCCAGAAGUUCCAGCUCACGUUCGGAUGAUAGUCUGGCUGGGUCUUGAGAAGCAUCAAGAAGCUUGGAGCAACAGGGAACAAACAGAGGGUGACUUCUGUGUCUACGCUGAAACGGUAAACACAACAGACUCACGCAUAAUUUUAGUGAUCAAUAACCGCAGAUCAGAAAUGGGGCCCGAUUCUCGAAGUGUCAUUUUUUUAGGGGUGGGGGGAGGGGGGAGGAGGAGAAAGGGGAGAGGCCGAAGAAAGUUGUGUCGCAGUUUUUACCCCCGAAAGCGGACCGACUCAUGUAGACCACUUAGGAUUUCAUCGCUGGGCUUUCAAACACAAUCCAGAAUCUUAAUCCUAAUCACUAGAUACCCAACUAGGUUUUUUGAACCUGGUACGUCAUUGGAGAUUCGAAUAUGGGUGUUGGUGAGUAGGCUACAUUCAAGUACUUACUCAGACUGAGUAUUCGUUGUAAGGUGCGCAAAAAUCUAAAAGUUUUAGUAGUAUAUUAAGUACUCUGUUGGUCCCAGAAGUUGUGUGCUGUACCUAUAGAAGAGUACAGGUGGGAAUUACACUGGCUUGAGUUGUAUCAGAAGCGCUUAUGAGUUUGUGUCGGUAUACAUAUGCGUUAUUUGUAGAAUGUGUGAGAUGAAGCUGCAGGCUUGGUAUUUUGCAAUUUAUGGAUCGAGGCAUAGUAGAGUAAAAACGCAAAAAAGCGAAUGAGGCUUAUAUACGCUACUUAUCAACCGAGAGUGAGGUGAUUACACGGAAAUCUCAGACCGAGGCCUUGAUGUAUUGACCGAGUGAUCAAGGCCGAGGUCUGAGAUUUCCCUGUAAUGACCGAACGGACGAGAUUAUGGACAGGAGCUUGCGGUCAAUUAAAACCAACAACUGGCCAGCGGUUAAAUUUAAAAAACAAGUCACCUCAAUGAGUUGUACACUUCAGCCCGCGAUGCAGUCAGGUAACACUGGUCAGCGGACACCCCUUUUACAGCUGUCAAUUGACCUUAACAUGGUUGUCCAUAAGGAUGCCCACUAUCAAGUUAAACACAGAUUGUAUAUGCCUUGGACACCAAGCUAGUAAUGUGUCGUCAUUACAAGAAAACAGCCAAUCAGAACGCGCUAAUUAUUGUAGCCAUAUAAUAAAAUGACAUCUUGACCGACCAACAUUGAUCAAUAAAUGAUUUACUCUACAGUCAAGGGAACUAUUUUUCUGGUGGGACCAAAGCAGGAAAUCCCGGGCGGGUGAGGUUGGCCCAUCUUGUUCGCUCGGACAGCCAAUCCUAACAGAGGAGUCACUUCAUCUUGCCUGCUCGCAAUCCAGCCGUAUAAUGAAUACAAUUACUCCCUCUCGAAGUUGAACGUGCAUUAUCCGUUUAUGGGCCUAAACUCUAAACAUUUUAGUGGGUGCUGUUUUUACGGAGGGGGGAAUAAAUGUCACAUCUCAAGGUAAAUAUCGGUGGCUUUGUAUUAAGGCGAGUUAUCAUUAUUUCUUUUUUAGUACGAAAAUCAGAUGAAUGUUCUUGGUACUUGGACCUCAAAAGGGUUGCCUCGUCCUUCUUGGUCAAACUCUCGCGGAGACGUAAGCAUGAUAUUCAUUUAAGUUUGGACUUCAUACGGUAUCACAGUCGACGUUUACUUUAUUGAUCAAUUUUUUUUUCAAUUUUACAACUGAGACGUUUUAGACAGUCUUGCUUAGAUAGACAGUUGAAGGAAAAUUGCCAAGUGGAUCAGUCUUGGAUCAGCAGAUAUAUGGAUAUGUAGGUAGGAAGGUAUGAAAGAUAGUGAGUUGUACGAAUUUUGUUGUUGUCAGUGACGUCUUUGCUUUCAUGCUGUUAACAACAAGCUCUACAAGUUCGUAAGUUGUAAGAUUGCGCAUCCUUACCGACCCCUGCCUAGACAUAGCCUGCGCGCUGAAGUCUCUUUGAUUCUUUUCCGCCUAAAGCAAAGGAAAAAAGAUAAACUCUAUAAGCAUUUCAUUAAUUCUAGGGACUCAACUUCUGAGUUAAAAUACAAACGCUAUCGGAACAAACUGAAUCAUCUUAUAAAAAUUGCUAAACGAAAGUACUAUGAUACAAAAUUUGAGAAGGCUAAAAAUAACCUGAAAGAAACUUGGAAACUAAUCAAUGAUGUAAUCAACAAACCGAGCAGAAAAGCAGCUCUGCCAAAUUCCUUUUUCUCUGAUGGAAAACUGUUAAAUGAUCCACAAGAAAUAGCUAACUGCUUUUGUAAGUUCUUCACCAACAUAGGUCCGAAUUUGGCAAGGAAAAUUCCAGACACACAAGUAUCUUUUCGUAGUUUUCUUGGCGUUUCUGUUAAUGAGUCGCUUAUCUUAAAUCCAACUAAUAUUUCGGAACUAAAUCAAAUAUGCAACUCUUUUAAAUCUGGAAAGUCGCCUGGAUAUGAUAACGUUUCAAUGGAUAUAAUAAAAAGCACCUUUGAUCUCAUUUCUCAGCCUUUGGCCAAUGUAAUCAAUUUGUCUCUUAUUAAAGGAGUAUUUCCUGAUGAACUGAAAAUUGCUAAACUGAUUCCGGUAUUUAAAGCUGGUGAUUCCCAGUAUUUCACUAACUACCGUCCAAUUUCGCUUCUUUCUAAUUUUUCUAAAUUCUUUGAAAGAGUUAUGCACAAUCGUAUUACAAAUUUUUAGAUCGUUUAGAUAUCUUAUACUGUUGCCAAUUUGGAUUCCGUAAAAAUAUUCUACAGCGCUGUCUUUAAUUCAUCUUAUUAAUAAAAUUGCAACUGCUAUUGACAGAAGCGAAUAUACAGUUGGCAUAUUCUUAGACUUAUCAAAAGCAUUUGAUACUUUAGACCAUCAAAUACUCUUGUCUAAGCUUGAGCAUUAUGGGAUUCAUGGGCUAGCACUUAGCUGGUUGAAAAGCUAUUUGUCAAAUCGCGUGCAGUUCGUCCAGUACAAAGAGACUUGUUCUAUUAGGCUGACUCUGAGCUGUGGAGUCCCUCAAGGUUCUAUAUUAGGACCAUUAUUGUUUGUUUUGUAUAUCAAUGACCUCCCUUGUGCUACUCGUCUUGCUGAAACUAUGCUUUUGCAGAUGAUACUAGUGUGUUUUAUUCUAAUCCCGAUUUAAAUUGUGCUAUUUCUGCCGUAAAUAAUGAUUUAUCUCAAAUUGAUCUUUUUAUGAAAGCAAAUAAGCUCUCUGUUAACAUAACGAAAACUAAUUAUAUCAUUUUUUGCAGCAAGGCAAAAACCAGUCGGCUUCCCAAUAAAUCCUGUCUUGUACGAUGAGGUUUUAUUAAAACAAGUAAAGGUAGUUAAAUUUUUAGGGGUUUUUAUCGACGAGCAUCUAACGUGGAAGCCGCAUAUUACUUAUAUAUGUAAGAAAAUUUCAAAAUCUAUUGGCGUCAUGUUUAGGUCUCGUUUCUUUCUUUCUGAAACAACAAAAAGUCUCUUUAUUAUACCUUAAUUUAUCCUUAUUUAACAUAUUGUACCACAGUUUGGUCCUCCACUUAUGUAACAAACCUUAAUAGAAUUUUUCUUCUACAAAAGCGAGCAGUACGAAUUAUUACAAAUGCAGAUUUUCGCGCGCACUCUGAACCAUUAUUUUUCCGUUUAAAGAUUUUGGACAUAUACAACAUUAAUUCAUUCUAUACUGCACAAUUUAUGUUUUCAUAUUAUCAUCAAUUACUGCCACCGCUUUUUUCGAACCUUUUUGUUACUAGUAGCAAUAUUCAUAAUUAUAAUACUAGAAGUUCCUCGCAUUUCCGUUCUCAUGCCUGCCGAACUAACACCAAACAAUUUUCUGUUUUGUUCCAAGGCCCUAAAAUUUGGAAUUCUUUACCAAACUCAGUCACUUCGAUUUUUACAUUGCAAUCGUUUAAAACGAAAGUUUUUGAUUUUCUACUAUAUCGAUAAUGCGUCUUGUACUGUCCGUUGUUGUGUGUUGUUAUAGUUCUAUUGCUUAAUAUUAUUGUAACGAGGGGGCCUCCUCGUACAAGCCUUGUGGUUUUCUGAGGUCCCCUCGCCACAUCUUUGUAUAAUGUAAUGCUUGUGUAAUCUUUAUUGUGGGAAAAUAAUAAAUAAAUAAAAUAAAAUAAAUACACACGGUCUACCGAGAUAUUUUGUCACGUUAGGUGAGAAAUUAUCGCUUCAGAAAGGCACCUCAAGGGCGCCUAAAAUUAGAGAAGCAGGAGAAACGCUUCUCGCACGCAAGGUGGACUCCAAAUAAGGAACUUGCCAUUAUAUAAAAUUUCGCAGGUUCUUUGUGUUCUUGUGCCAUGUUUUUAGUUAUAUACGUACUGUAAGUGCCAAUUGCCUCUCCUUCUUUUUCAGUUAAGAUUGUAUAAAGAUUAUUUUGUUCCACCCCCUGGUUGGUAUUUUGAGGGAGACUGGUUUGUUAAUCCAGAGCUCAGGUAAUACUUCCUUCUUAAAUUAUUCUUGAGAAAAAAUAAAUGUAUUAACAAAAUAAAUUACUUUCGUUGCUAUAAAGCGGUGUUGCGUUUGUAAGCCCGUCACUCCCGAGUCAACGGAUUGGUGCAAUGUGUCGUGGGGCUGAUUGGACUGAUUACGAGAACAAAUCCACUCGUUUGACAUGCCAUAGAAGAUUUGGCGAGGAUAAAACUUGGUUUUAGCGCCAAAUUGCAUAAAUCUCUACUAGUUUGGUUUUGUGUGAUCCGUCGCAGUUGUUAUUUUGGCUGUUGCAUCAUCAGUAUGCGCGUCGUAAGAGGUUUUGAUCCCCUGAGCUGUUUCUGCAACGUGUCGCCUGGUUUACGCCAGCUCAGGAAAGUAGUGCUUUGUAACCCAUCUAUGGCAAUUUGUUUUGUUUUUGUUUUUGGGCGGAAGGGGGGGAAGGAGCGGAUACAGCCUUCAAUUCAUAGGACACAACAUUUUAAGGUUUAAAGUCAGGGACAAAAAAAGACCCUUUAUCAUAUUGUUUGAUGUUCACUUGUAGAUUUAGUAUUUUAAGCAGCAAAGUAGUAGUGAACUAUUGAAUGUUUCAACAGUUUAAGCUAUGACCGAGACAGUGGCCACAAGAGCUUCCUUGAAGAUGUUUUUGAGAACGAGUCUCGUCUUCCAGGAGGCAGCUGGGGACCUUCCUCUGUACCUUGGACGGAUGUGGUGAGUUUUUGUUCCAUUUUCUUCUUCUUUUUGGCCCCUUCUGCUUUUGAAUUUGACGGUGAACUCCUGAACUUGUUUCUCAUGAUCUUUAGGCGCCAAUUGAACCCUUAUUUAUCCUUUAUAUUCUAGCACAUGCAGCUAUGAUACUUGAAAUGCGGCCAGUGUGCUGCAUGUAUCUCAUUUUGUUCUUGAGAAAAUGGAUAAAUUCUAGGGAUUCUAACUCUCUUCUCGGGAUAACACACACUACUACAUGUCCUUAGCAGAUUGAUUUAUCCAGUGAAUAAAGCCGUCCACCUUUCGAACAACGUGGGCCAGGUUGCAAGUUUUAUAGCUUUACCAUAAAGAUCAACUCAAUCGUAUUGAUUUCUUGCUCUCACUAAACUGUAUUGUUACGCACUCAGAAUAGUCUCUAUCUGGAGUUCUGCGAAGGGUCAUGAUAUGUAUGGUUUAUUUCUUGCUUUAGCGUGGCGAUGCAGUUACGGCCAGGGAUGAAAUAGUUUGUCCAGAAGAUUGGCAGUGGACCUCAGACUGGUCAGUUGAUUUGAACCGAGCCGUGGAUGAAGAUGGUUAGUCUUUGCUGUUGUUCUUUUGUGAACUUUUCUCUCCGUUCGCUCCCGGACUGCUUUGAAACGAACAAGACUAGAUAAAAUCGCUCACUAACUAAUCCAGUGAGGUAGCUUGACCAGGGGUCAAUUUAAUAAAACUUUUACAAGUGUAAUUUACAAGUGUAGCCAUUGUUUUAGAGUCUGAAAACAAUAGCUACACUUGUAAAAGUUGUAUUAAAUUGAUCCCAGGGGCUUUACUUUAGAUUUAUACAACUGGUCCCCAUGUUAUUUCAGCGACGUUACCUUUCCUGUCAAAAAUUUCCAACACUAUUGAACCGAAUAUUUCUGGCAAACGUUCUGAUAGAGGUUCUUCAAAACCAGUACUACCCUAUUCAAUCAUAUCAGUUACGAGUUCCAUAGAAAAAAAAACUUGGAAAAAGGAAGUCUGGAAGAUGACAUGGCGUUGUUUUCCGUGUUCGAAGUGCUAAGAUUUGGUCACUCAAGACUUGGUCAAGCUACCUUCCAAAUCCUAGGAGGAAAUUAGUAAUUCCUUUUGUACUAUUAAAUUAAUUAUUUAAUUAGUUUCUCUUAUCUCUUCAGAGUUAGUGUGGUGGCACGCGCGCUAGCGGCCCGUAGUCACACGCAUGGUCAUUUUCUUCUCUCUUACGUUUCGCGAGACUGGUCGUAGCCUUAUUCAUUCAAAUCCAUUAGUAUGAAUUUUCUCGACUCCGGUUUGUGUCCACAGGUUAUGAGUACACAGUGGAGGCUACGUUUGGUGGUUAUGGACCGGUAGAAAAGACGUACCAUUUGUGUCGUCGCCGUCGAUGGGUCAGAAACAGAGUGGUAGUGAAAGAUUCAAAGCAAGAAGAGGAAGAGGUGAAUAAUUAGCAAUUGCAUGUUUUUAUUAUAGUGGUUCAUGAGAAGGGUAAGGAGUAAAUGUACCGCUGUGGACUAUGUACAGGGAAGAAAUGGAGAGGAGCGCUGUUCACUAAGGCAACCUUUUUUUUUCAAUUACUGAAAAAACGUCCUGUGUGAAGCUGUAGCUUUUUUCUCCAUUUGGUCAAAAAGCCUUCUUUUCUUUUGCACUGUUGUUUGUAGAUGAGAAUCGUUCCGUUAAAGGCCACCAAGUACGUAAUGUCUUGCAAAUGGCGGGGACAUUUCUUGUCUAAUGGAUGGUCAUUAAUUUGUUGCAAACGCGUAUUUGGGCUUUGACAUUCAAAUGGCCAAAAAAGUUUACAUUUUAAUGAUAGCAGUUUAUGAGGGAAAUAUGAUUAGUGUAUGGAACACAGAAUACACUAUCCAUUUUUAAACCCUGUGCUUCUGUGUUGAUUGCCAAUUCAGAUUCGGGCAGAGCAGCUUGCUAAAGAAGGUUGGGAGUACUCUCCAGUGUUCACCAUGAAGUUCCAUGCGAAAGAACGCAAGAUGGAUCUGGUCAGAAGAAGGCGUUGGCACAGAAAGAUGGUUCAGGAUGAUCCCAGUGCUCCAGCAGUUUUCCAUAUUGACGUUGGAGGCAGCGAUGAUGUAAGAAUUAGUAGUGGUCAUUACAUUCACGAGAAAAAAACCGUAUUUAAGAACUGCAAAGCAAUGGGUUACAUGCUUUUAUGCAAUUUGAUAGAUCCGAACUUCAGUGAAAGAAAAGAGUAUGUGCAAGUCCCUCUAAAAGUUCUAUUACAGUACGUUUUUAAGGCGAAAGUCGUUUUAUCGUGCUUUAGUUAAAUUUUUUGACGCAUGUCAGAUCCUGUAAGAGGUCUAACUAAAGUCUAACUCAAGUCUCUUAAGCUAUCGGCGCUGAUUUAUUAGUGUUCUACCGUAGUUGGUUCGCCCCUUUUGACAACAUUAUGAGUCACAAUGAAACUCGAAGGCAAAAAAAAGUGCGCUCAGUAAGUUUUUCCUGGGUUUUCAUUAUCGUGGCAAUCCCACCAGAUUGAGAGCAGGGUUGAUCAAACUCCUAAGAGGGCCUAAACCAGGCGCUUGUUGAAGAUAAAUUUUAGGGAAGUCCAGUCCUAGUUAAGUUUACCUUCUAUUCCUCAAUUCAGUUAUGAAGACUUGAAAUAUAAACUAGUAAAUCCUAGGACCUCAUGUGUACUCCUAAAUAGCGUCGUCGUGAACAGAAUUUUCAGACUAAGGAAGUAAGAUAUAAAGGGCGUAAACAAGGAGUGACUGAAUUUUUCGACCGUCUGUGCGGAAGCGUAGAUGAUUACCACACAGGUUGUCGAAGAGUCAUAAUGGAGUCUUACAUGGACGUAAUAACCAUGUUACAGUGUGACUGCAGUGUUUCCAUUCAUUUAAUCCCUGGAAACGUCCUCAUGAUUUUUAUUUUUGCUUUGUUAAGGAUAAGGACAAGGAGACGAUGAUGAAUGCCCCAAGAAUGUUUAUCACAUUUGACAGUAAGUGAAGAAGAAGACUGUGAAAGUUAUCUCAUUUUAGAGACGAGUUAUUAAUAACAAUGAACAAGGAACCUGCUCUUGGAGGCCAAACGAUAUCUAGUCAAUCCUCGAUUUUGUGCCAAUUUAAGACCAGGGUGCACGUUCUUAACAAACGCCGUUGUUGUACCUUAGCGGGUUCGUUUUCGAAAAGUUCCAUCUCGCCACUUUUAACUAACACACAGAGUUCCAAAGUUAGAGACUCGGUAUCCUUUGUUUAGACGCUCCCUCCCCUUUCAAAGAAAAUCACCGAUUUUCUGAGGGGAGGGGGCGUCCAUACACAGGCUAGAGACUCGGGUACCCGUUUAAUUCAUCCAUACUCAAUUUUCCCAAGGUGAACUUCUCAGGGAACGACGUGUUUCUGUACUUAAUCCAUUAAAACGCCACCCCUGUGAGUUGUACUUGUCGAUUUUCGAUAUAGUUUUUAACACAAAGUUAAAAUGUCGGUCUGCUUGUUAUUGAAAAGCACUAUCACAGCUCAUAGACUCGGUUUAUCUAGGGAAAGUGGGUGCAAAUGGUUAAUCAGAGCUUUGUAUAAUAGUCAACCUUACCUCUUCCAGAGCCUCACAAGUAUCAACUGAGGGCCUACAUCUAUCAAGCACGUGAUCUAUUGGCUUCUGAUGCCGAUGGCUUCUCAGGUAAAAUAGCAAAGCUGACGAUGCUAUUAGGGGGCUUAAGCAAAUGCGUUUUUUGACCGACGGACGUCAACCGGAAGUGAACUUUUUCCGUCGUUAGGGAGUGGUUCGGUUGAAACUCUCGGCUAAAUCGUCUUUAUAAUAGAAAAGAAACUUAGCAGUACAAAUUUGUUGGCGUCAAGGCAUAUGAGAAGGGAGAAAGCUUCACUUCCGGUUGACCUGCGUCGCUCAAAAAUGCCUUUACUUAAGCUCCCUAUUGUGUAACCCUACUCUUCUAUUUGGCGUCUUUAGGGCAGUAAAGUCGCGAAAUUUCGUAGGCGAUUUUGCUCACAUUAAAGGAAUUUCUUGCGUAUAAGACAUAGCGUAAUAAAAAUUUCUAUCAGCGCCAAUGACACUUAAAACGGAUGUGCCAAAUUUUAGGUCUUUGUGUAUGCCAGGUCUGAAAAGAAGCUAUUCGCUAAGUUUCUAGGCUAAAAACAUCGUCUAUAGGCGAAUCUUUGCUGACCUGACCUAAGAAAGUUCAGUAAUUUUCAGCUCUUUACGAACAAUAUCCUAGGAAAUAUCAAAACCUGAAAAUUACGUUUUAAAUAGUAAUUCCUUCGAAAUUGUUGGGCACAUCGGUCUUGAAUAACGAACGUCGCUGGCGGAAGAGGCCCCAAGGGGGAGCUGUGCAGUAUGUAUGUAUGUAUAUACGUCGCUACACUCUUUAAAUGAAAAAAAGGAAUAAUAAAAAGGGUAUUUUUAUGAAGGAUAACACUUGACAGUUGUAAAAACACUGAUGACGUGUAAUGGUGGCCCUCAUUACACUUUUAAAAAGUUCAAAAAGUACUUAAAAAGUAAUAUCCGUAUUAUAAGCAUUCUAACACUAUGUACAUUAAACACUCAAAAUAUCGACCGUUGAAAAUACAAAAAUUGCAAAAUUUCCUGAAAUAGCUUUUUAGUUUAAAGAAGCGUCAUAUCUUGAGGAACUGGAAGGCUUUCUGAUGAGUUAAAAAUUUGUAAGGCGAUUGUUUAUGCGUUUUAUCCGCUAUAUGUUUCAGACCCCUACGCACGAGUAGUGUUUGGCACUCAAAGUCAAGUCACAGAAUGCCUGGCGCGAACAAUCUGUCCUACUUGGGAUCAGACGCUGAUCUUUGAAAACGUGCAGAUCUACGGAAGUAUCGACAAAGUAGCAAGAAACCCUCCCGAGGUCAUCAUUGAGCUGUUUGAUAAAGACCCGGUGGUAAGAAACACUUGCAGCUAUUAUCUCAGGGGCACCCAACCACAAUUUUCGGAAGAAUAUCUCUUCGGAAGAAGAUUUGAGAUCUAGAAUUUUCGAAACAUUUGUUGUAAAAUUUCAUGCUUGCCUGCCUCUCCUAGGAUUUUCGAACAUCUAAAAAAAUGGUACAAUUGCCCAUUUUUAACGGAUUUUUACCCAAAAAAGGUCACCUAGAAUUUUCGGGAGCCUCUUUUCUGGCUGAAAUUUUCGAAAAGGUAAGUUUUGAUCCCUAUAAUUUUCGGAUCACUAGACUUUCCGCUAGGAAAUCCGAACAGAUGAAAAAUUUUUUGGGGAUAAAAAUAUGCCUAUAUCUACCGUUUAAAUACUAAAAUACGUUUAACAAUGCCAUGUUUAAGUGGUUUUGAACUAUAUUCUCGUUGGCUGCCCCUGUUAUCUAACUUGAUCCUUUAAGAGGCAGCGUGGCGGAGUGGUGUGCGCGUCCGAAUCGUAAUCCGGCGGUUCCUGGUUCAAGUCCCGCCCUGACCACCUGCUGGAUUUGUUCUUGGUCGUCCCCAGUUCAAAUCCUCGGCCACGCUUGUAACUGGUUGCCUCCUGCUAGAUGCGGUGUUUAGUCCUGUCAUGUUGUAUUUGAAUAGACCAUUUUCGAUAUUUAAAAUUCAUACUUGGGUCCGAGGCUUGAGAAAUAAAACAAAACAAAUGUAUUAUUCAUUGCUGAGCCUCAAGAUGAUUUCUUUUGUUUUAUUUCCCCAAGCCUCAGAGCCAAGUAUGAAUUUGGUCUAUUAUUUGUUUCUAAGUAUUUGAGUGGAGUGCCUGUAAAAUAGCUGGAUAAGCUAAGUGCACUUUCAUCUAUAAACAAACCCUUAAACCUUUUAAACCUUUUUUUAACCCUUUGCUCUGCUGAACCACAGUUAAAGGAGCUGUGUCACGAAAUUUAUCAAAGCUAAAACAGUGAGAACUGCCACCAAACUGAGUGAAACAUUAAAACAACUGCUCAGUAGUUUAGACGAAGGUAUUAGUAACACAGCAAAUAAAAAAGUAGGCAGGGAUUGAUUUUGGUUUUUGAAAACUUGCCAGUCUAGCAGUUUUUAGAGGUUCAUUUUUGUUGUUUGUAACGUUUGAAAUGAUGCUUGGGAGACAUAUCUGUAUGAAACGAAUCUGUGAAUUUGUCAUCCACUAGUUAUUCUCAAGUUCUAUAGCGAAUAGGGACGCGUAAUUAGUAUUAAAGGAAAAUGAACUGGCCAGCCGUAACACAACCCCUUUAAUGAGGUUUCGCAUCUGCAAUUUUACCAACACUGCUGUCUGCCUUUUGCCUAUGGAACAAGUACAGCUUCAGUAACUAUAAUGGCCUUCCUUCGAUACAAGGGACAACCUUCAACGUCGAAAUGGCCUUUUCUUACUCUUACUUUCCUC